AUGGCCUCGGUACGCCAUGAGUCCCUCGACCGCGAGGACCGCGAGGAUGUCCCAUUCCUCGACUCCUCCGACCCUAAUGGAGCCGGCCAAACCCACCGGCAUGUCCCCAAGCCCAGUAUAGGCAGCCGCCCAGAGGCCAAUGUUUCGGCCGACGCCAUCAGCUUCCGCCUGAAGGUCAUCUUGUUUUCCAUGAUCCUCGCCGUGGAGGUCGGCUUUGCGUUCCUGGACGGCCCCAUGGUGCGAAUCAUGGAGUCUAUUGCUUGUCGCCAAUAUUUUGCGGUUAUCGAUCCGACUCAGAUUGGCGCGGACGGACAAGUUCCCGAGGCUAUGUGCAAGAUCGGCGAGGUGCAAGCUGAACUGGCCGCCGUCAAAGGGUACCACAUGUUCUUUGAUGGAACACUGAGCGCUCUUUUGGCGAUUCCAUAUGGUCUGCUGGCGGACCGUCAUGGGCGCAAAUCUACACUCGCUUUGUCUCUGCCCGGAUUCGGGUUGAAUGCGCUGUUGACAUUGGUAAUACUGUGGUUUUCGGAUUUCUUUCCCUUGCGCGCGCUCUGGUUUACUGCCUUGACUUGGUUGCUUGGGGGAGGUCCUGUGGUGUCGUUUGCGAUCAUCUGGACUAUGAUGGCCGAUGUAACCAACGAAGCAGAAAGAGCGGGCAUCUUCUUUCAAUUUGCCAUCGUAUCUAUGGGCGCUGAUUUCGUGACGAGUGCUUUCAGUUCCUAUCUGAUGACCCUGAACCCCUGGGUACCAUUGGUGAUCGGAUUCAUAAUUAUAAUGGCUGGCAUGAUGCUCAUAUUGCUGCUACCAGAAACGAAGCAUGCACUACCAUCUCGGCAAGAAGGACCAACUCAUGUCGAAUUGUCAGACCUGACCAAUGACACUGAACCCACUCAUCUGCACAAACAGAACGAAGCCGAUAUAAAUGGUGAUUUCGAGGAUAAGCCUCCGUCAUGGAGUAUUCCGUCGUACUCCCACCGAUCCCUCCGGGCCAAAUUCCGCGCCAACUACCGCUUCUAUCUUAAGCCCUACCUAUUCAUCCUUGGCCGAAAACCCGUGCUCCUUCUCCUCUCUGCAUUCCUGGUCUAUCGCCUGAGCCGUGGCUCAUCCUGGUUCUUAACACAAUAUAUAUCAACACGUUACGCAUGGACACUGGCACAGUCCAACUUCCUGGUGGCUUGUCGCCCACUUGUGUCGAUCCCGCUCUUCCUGUUUGGCCUACCGUACCUGAAGAAGCGAGUUCUGAACCCCCGACUUUCAUCAACCGAGAAGGACCUUUGGCUCGCGCGGCGCAGUAUAUUCUGCCUUACGUUAGGCACGCUUGGAAUCGGUCUUUCCCCUUCCGUCGCAACCCUAAUCCCAAGCAUGAUCGUUCAGUGCUUAGGUUCUGGCUUCGUCUUCCUUACUCGUUCGUUGAUCACCACCCUGGUCAAACGCGACGAGACCGCUCGUUUGUUCACUGCGAUUGAGAUCAUCCAGUCUGUGGGAAAUGUGGUUGCGAGUUUGUCCAUCACGACUGUGUUCCAGAUCGGGUUGCGUCUUGGUGGAUUUUGGAUCGGCCUGGCUUGGAUGUUGACCAGUACGCUGUUCUGUCUGGUUGGCAUUUCUAUUUGGUCUUUUAGACUGCCUCCUAGUCCGACACCAGCGGUUGUGGUGGAGGAUUAUGACGAGGAUGGUAGGGCGUGA